AUGGGUGCCCAUACCUCCAAGCCAGCUGCUGAAACCAAGGUUCUCACGCCAAACACCCCAGUCAACUUCACAGCCUCUUUCUUGGCCCAGUUGGAAAAUUCUGCCGAGACUGACUACACCCGUUCCCAGAAUGCGGAGCAGUACAUCCAGGAGAGAAUUGCCCAGGAGUUGAGAGGUUUGGAAGCCAAAGCUCAGCAGCAGUUUGAGGGUCAGUUGACCAGCGCUUUGUUGACCAAAGAUGAAAACAACGAUGCCUCAUCCUCUGCCUUGUCAGAAAAGUUGUCCAAGUUGACCGAGAAAUUACAGGAAGCAAAGUUCUCUGCCGUCGGUCCUUCCAAGACUGUGCUCAGCGCCAAGCAGUCUGUCAUCCAGUGCUUGCAGGACAACAAGGGCAAACCAUUGAACUGUUGGGAUGAGGUGGAAUCCUUCAAGAAGUUGGUUGCCGAGUUUUUCUUGGUAUGUUCUUUGAACUUUCGUUUACACUCUGCCUUGAUGAUCUCAGCCAGACCAAACGCCUCUGCAACGGUGGUUUAUCCACCGGAACCUAUCGAGAUCAUUCCCACAGAGCCAGACUUGCUCGAUUACGACCACUACGGGCUCAUCGCCUCCAGGGAAAUCCCCUUAUGCCAUCCAACCUUUUCCGAACCAAGCGUGAUGGCUGUUGCGAUAGUGACAGACCGAAAAGACCCCACUCUUAUCCAUUUAAAGACUCAGAACAUGCUUGUGGCCUCUGUUAGAGUCGACAUGGCUUUGUUCCACGAGCUAUCCUUCAUCGAGAACCAACGGAAGACCAGAUCCCCCUGUACUCACGUUGUGUCUGAAUUAAGAGCUGAGAUAAGGCAUGGCUUAUCCAAUAUGACAGCUGGAAACCUCACCCUCUCAUACCGCUUGUAUGUCGCCAGUGGCUUGGAGGUGGCGUUUUCUGAAUCUCAGACGCUGCUUAUUCGCACAGUUCUUGGGUUUCCUGGCCUACAAAAAGGCAGAAAACGCAAACUUGAUAUACCAGAGCCCGAAUUAACCCCAAAGUACUUCUAUGACAUCAUUACCGAUCAUACUCUCGCCACGACCGCGUCCCAUGCCAAGUUACAAAUCCCCAACUUGUACACAGACCUCUUCCCCUUCCAGACAGAAGCGGUGCUAUGGCUCUUAUCCCAGGAAGGAAUGCAGUACGAUUCUGGCCAAGUCUCUCCUACUAACCUCUGUCUAAAGACCCCUGAAGAAAUCCACCACCUACUCGAUAAAUUGGUCUUUGGAUGGGGAAUCGUUGGAGACAACUGGUUUAAUCGGUUUACCGGGCAUGUGUUACCCGUGUCAGAGGCGUCGGGGUACUUAGAUCGCUACAUACACACUAAUUUUGUCUCUACCGUACCUGCAAAGGCGCUUCUUGCCGAGGAAAUGGGCUUGGGAAAGACGGUGGAAAUCGCCGCCCUCAUCUUGCUCAACCCCAGGGCCCCAAGGCUCAUCAAUACAACGUACAAAAACCACUCGGACAAGACAAUCACGCGGGUGAAGGCCAGUUUGAUCCUUCUCCCAGAGGCGAUUCUCCAGCAAUGGGUGGAUGAGUUCCAUAAAAUCACGGGGGAUGUGAAAGUCUACAUAUACAAAGGGCUUGCCGCAGCUAGGUGGCAGGGAACGUCGAUCAACCAAAUUCGUGAACGUCUCGCUGCGGAGAUUGCCGCCGCUGAUGUUGUAAUUGUUGGCUAUCUUACCGUGGCGAGUGAAUUCCACUACGCUCAGUACAGCCAUAAAACCCGGCCCCCAACCAGAUCGUGUCGGAAAAAGGAAAAGUCGGAUGCAGAUUACUCUUCACCGUUGACAGUACUCGAGUUCCAUCGGCUAAUCAUGGACGAGGCGCAAAUGGUGUCGUCCACGUUCACAAAGCUCUCCCAGGUGACGCAGAUGAUCCCGAGGUACCAUUCGUGGGCCGUCUCGGGGACACCAGUGAAGACAAAGAUUGGAGACCUUUUUGGGGUAUUACGGUGUCUCCAGGUGAAUCCGUUUGGGUGGGUGGGAGGGGAGAAGCAUUGGCUGGAGGUGCAGGCGAGGGUGAGUCUUGAAACAAAGCCCAGGAGUCAGGUGAAAUCCGAGAUAGAACCCAAUAUAUACGGGGCAUCGCCUAAUACCGAGAUUUCACCUCUAUUUUCUCGCCUCUGGCGCGGUAUGUCGCUCCGCCACACCAAGCAAAUGGUUUCGUCCCAAAUUAGCCUUCCCGCGCAAAACCGCAUCAUGCUCACGGUCCCAUUCACGGCCGUGGAGCAAAACAACUACGACCACGUUUACGAAGACUGUCUCAACACCAUCGGGUUUGACAGCGCCGGGACCGCUGUCUAUGACUCUUGGGGCGACAACCAGACGGUCUUGGGCCACAUGCGGCAGUAUUUAGGCACGCUCCGCCAGUUGUGUUGCCACGCGGAGAUCAGUGGCGAGUUAGACGUUUCGAACCUCAGUACCGUAGACGAUGUGCUUCGGAACAUGGUUGAGGAGACGGAACUGCAGCUUGUGGGGCUAGAGCGCGAGAUUUUUACUGAAAGGGUGAGAUUAGGCCAGGUGAAGGAGGUGCGGCAGGAGUAUCGGGAGGGGUUGGAGAUUUGGAUGGGGUUGGUAGAGCCGGUAAAGGCGGUGAUUGGGAGGGCCAAGGCAGGGGAGAAGCGGGAGGCAGAGGCGGAGUCCAAGCCGAAGUCGCAGGUGGCACUUGAAGGUGACGCAGAGGGGAAGGAUGGUGAGAAGCCUCUGACUAAGGAUGAACUUUCGGCAGACGAGCGGACGGAAAGAUUAACCCGGCUUAAUUCCAGGGUGCGCUCGUUCCACGAUAUCCUCCACCGGCUCUACUUUUUCAUCGCCAGUGCACACUUCCGGUUAUACAACCCACCAGGGGAGGCCAACAAGAACGACAUCCCGGAUGAGGAGCUUUCGGAGGCGGAUUUGCACCAUCGCAAACUCGAGGUGGAGUACUAUCAGAAGGCGGAAAUGCUUAGACGGGAGAUGCUUGGAGAUUCUAUUCAGAGGGUGAAUGAGAUGAUUGAGAGGGCAGAGGCAGAGGCGAGGUCAUGGGCGAAGCCUGGCGCAAAGUCUGGGGUCAAAACCCUUCAGGCAAAAUCCUCGGGCGAUUCCGAGUACAAAGGUUUCAAUAGCCCUGUUGGCCAUGAAGCUGGUGUUACUGGAACUGCUAAAGGCUUUGGGCUUCCUCGUCUCACCUUCCCUCUCAAUGACGCACUCAGUGUGGACAGCCCCACGGUGGCAAUGUUCACGCUCUUCGAGGAACUCAACAAACAGGCGGAUUUCUUCAACUCUGGCCUUGCGGCUUUACGAAAGCUCGUGCACACACGAAUGGAGGAUUUGGAUGACCCGGAUGGGGAAGAGUAUGCGGCCUCUUUGGAUAGCCAGGAACAGAUCUACGCGUACUUGGAGGUUUUGCAAAGCGUUUUGGAUGCCCGAAAGUUGGCGCUUGUUGGAGGGGCUUCGGCCUCGUCCGAAAGCGUGGCAAAGUCAGAAAUGUUCCGUGCCCUCAAAGCUGGUGCCCAGGAGACAAAACCAGCGGCCUGUGACAAUCCGAACCUCGCCUAUACUGUGUUGCUCGCUAAGAUCAAAUUUUCCGUGCGGGAAAAGAACGAGGCGAGCGCGGUGUUCCGGAAGGUAUCGAAAGCUGAUGCGAUGGCUCAGGUGAGAGAGCUCCAGAACUGCUUGGAGAGCGAGAAAAAGGCGAUAGCAGGGCUUCAGAAGGUGUUGGGGUCGUGCAACGCGAUUUACAACGCAAAGAUCCAGUAUUACAAGCAGUUACAGGAGAUUUCUGAUAACGUAAGAGCGUUUGACGGAGAAACGGCGGAGAAGGCUAUGGAGGGCCAGGGAGAGAAGGAGAGAAACCUUGACGAUGGUGUCAAUCCUGGAGGGGUUUCUUCCCAGAGCUCCAGAGAUACUCCAUCGGGGGAAAAUACGCUUCUGGAAAGCCUUCUCGCGAAACUGUUAGAUUCGGAAAGAAAGCUCCUCCAAAGUAUCCGCGCCAACGAAUCGCUUCUGGCACGGGUUUCCAACCGGUUAAAGUACCUCGACACGCUCUGCAAACCCGAAACCAAGGAGCUGGACCGAUUGUGUGUCAUUUGCCGGUGCGAGAUCCGCAUUGGGUCCAUCAUUCAGUGCGGCCACAAGUUCUGUAAGGAGUGCCUAGACGAGUGGAGCCAAGGCCACCGGACGUGUCCGUUAUGCAAAGCGGCGUUUUCCGGGCCUGAUGUCUACAACUUCACGUACCAGUCAGCAGCAGAAGUAACCGUUGCCAGAGAAGCCUCCCACUCGAGCCAUCUCUUCCAGGUGUACCACGAGAUGGACCAUGAGUCAGCGGCAGAGAUUGAUGGCAUGACUCUCGCGGACAAUUUUGGGUCCAAGGUGGAUUUGGUGGUGAAGAACGUGCUCUGGCUUCGGGCGAAGGAUCCCCGGGUCCAGAUCGUUGUCUUCAGCCAGUGGCUGGCAUUUCUUCGCAUCAUUCAACACUCGCUAGAGCGGAACAAGGUGACUUCUUUGACGUUUAAGAAGGAUGCGGCGACGCGGUUCAAGCGGGACCCCUCGGUGACAUGUUUCUUGCUCAAUACGAGAGACCAGGCUGCGGGCUUGACGUUAGUCAAUGCCAGCCAUGUGUUUUUGUGCGAGCCGUUGGUCAACACCGCGCUCGAGCUCCAGGCGAUCUCGCGGAUUCACCGUAUUGGCCAGCAGCGGCCCACCACCGUAUGGAUGUAUGUAAUUUCCGAGUCCGUGGAGGAAUCAAUUGCCGUCAUGGCCACGGAACGGAGGUUGCACUUGCUCGGAAGGGCCGACGAAUCGGCAGUAGAUUCGCUCCAAUUAGCUGAUGGCACUGGCGAGAUGGUUGAUGCCAAGGGCCAUGGCGGAGAGGUGGUGGGUGAUAAAGACUUAUGGUUGGCUUUUUUUAGCAAUAGGAGUUAG